AUGGCGGCGGAAACAGCUUCCGCCGCCGCCCCCUUGUUGUCUCUGCCGGUGGGCUAUCACUUUAGCCCAAGCGACGAAGAGCUCGUGGAGUAUUACCUGAAGAGGAAAGCUAGAGGAGAGAGUUUCCCGUACAAUGUGAUUCCCGACUGCGAUCUCUACGGCGACAAGGCUCCGUGGGAGAUGUUUCCCCAGGAUGCCGGAACAGGGAGAGAUAGGUUUUUCGUCUUCACCAAGCUGAAGAGGCUGAGUAAGAGAAGGGUUUCGCGGACAGCCUCUAUUGGAGAAUGGCAUGGUAACACUUCUGGUGAAAUUUUUGAUGGGAAGAAGAACAAUGUGAUUGGCACUAGGAGACAGUUCGUUUUCAAGGUGAAGAAAGGGAAACAAGGGAGUGCCUCGGGAGCUCCUGUGGGGCAUUGGAUAAUGCAUGAGUAUUCACUUGCUGGGAUUGAUUCUGAUGUUGUGUUGUGUGAAAUAGAAAAUAAGGAGAAGAAGAGGUUGAGAAGUGAUUAUGAAAGGGUGUUUUGUGAGACUGUAAACAAGGGAAGUAAAAGGCUGAGGAUGGAUGAAGAUGGUGCUUUCUUGACUGCCACGGAUGAUGGUGUAUCGUCAUUGGCAGAUAUGGAGUCCGAGUUAAAUAAAUAUUUGUUCACCGACCCGGAAGAUGCUGCUGUGUCAUCGUCGUCAUCAUUUUUGGAAAUGGUUACAGAGUUGGCUAGUGACUUUCCUUUCUCGUCCGCUGUUGGACACUCUACCGAACAGAUGGCAACAGUGAAUGGUGGAUUGAGUUGUGGAGAUUCUUGUGAUAUUCUUGCUGUAUCAACAAAUUAUGCUGAGGAGGAGACCGUGUCGUCCCUUCAAAGUUCAAUCGACAAUCCCAUGACUUCCUCGUCAUCAUCAUUGAUUCCAGUAGUUUUAGCUUCUGAUUUGGAUCUGUCUCAAGAUGAUUGUUGGGGAGAUGAUGAACUUGGAUUCCUUACACGCUAUGGAGCAUCAGAGUUUACUGAUCUUCCAAUCUUUGACUUGGAUGAUAACUUGUGCAACCAACUUGAUUUUGACACUAGUGCUGGACUUGCCAUGACUGGUUUGUGGAGUCACAUUUGGUGUUUGGUCAUCUUGCUAAUGCAAUUCCUCGAGCCAUGGGCAAGGCAGCCUCGAUUGGUAAAAGCUGAUUGCUAG